AUGAACGUAAACGCCGACCAGCCCCCAGCGCCCAUACCCGUGACGCCAGCAGCGACGGCGGUGGUGGACCCGAAGAGUAUCACGGACUGGCCGGCGGCGCUCAAGUAUGUCAUGAACACCAUCUACAGGAACGAGGAGGUCAUGGCGCAGAUCAAGAAGAUGAAGAGGCAUCAGCAUGACCAUGAGAAGCAGUGGUGGGUUGCGAGAGAGGAGCUCGUCAGGAAACAUGAGGCCAGAGUGGAGAGUAGCAAGAGGGUCGCCGAACUACUGAGGGGGCUCGGUACAAUGCCCACCACCGCCACCAGCAAUCUCCCCACGCCCGAGAGCGAGAAGGAAGAGCUGCGGGUAUUUGACCAGAAGGUGCACACCCGCAGCGAGGAGAUGGUCAAGCACAUGGCCUCCGAGUUUGCCGCGAUGGGCAUCCCGUUCUUCUGCCGCGCGGGCCUGCCGGAGAAGGAGAAGGAGGACGCGGAGCAGCUGCAGGCGCUGAGGAGGCGCGUUGUGGAGCUGCUGGAGGAUCUGUGUGAAGGCGAAUAG